UUUCCUACUUUAUUUUGAGAAGCUCAGGGAGGGCUUUCAUCCUCCCAGCCACCAAGCAAAGCGGAGCGGUUUCACUGGCUGCCGUCAGUCUGUUCAGGAAUCCGGAUAUGAUGAAAAUAUUUUAGGCUUAACUUCGUAAACUCCUGUCACCCAACGUCGAAGGAGUCGCUGGAAUAAUCUCAACAAAGUUCCCAAGAAAAAGGAAAAAAAAAUCCAUCAGGACCUGAGAGGACAGCAACAUUUCUGCCGCGCAAAGUUUCGGGAAAAACUUUUGAAGCUCCUUUAUUUUUGUCGUCAGGCCGGGAGGAUGGGAGACGGGCAGAUUUGAAGCGAGGGGAGUUGUCAUGGUUGAAAGCAUUUGAGGGAAAAGGGAGGAACCUCUCCUGUUGGCUUUUUUCUCCUUCUUCUUCCCAAGAAGACGACUGUCUCAUGUCCACGGAGACUGUCCUUCCUUCUGAGGGGCCUGAGGGGACGAGAAGGGGCCCAGGACAAGAGACAAGUCCCCUGUUGUCAGUCUCAAACGAUUCUUGUGACGAUGAGUCAUCAGGAUCGACGUUGUCUAGCCGGAAACCCUUUGCUGAAGGACAAGGUCACGUGACGGAGGAGAAGUCGAACAGUCCCACGCCUGUACGAACUCAGCCCCAGUCUGAAGUCAACCCUCCACCCUCUGAGGCUUCUGGGGGGAAUGCUACCAAGGAGCAAAAUGGUUUUCAUAACGGCAAUGUCGGCAAAGUGGCCCUGAAUAAUGGAAUCCACCCCGGGCCCGGGAGGACGUGCACCUGCGGGGCCAGCAUCGGCGCCGGCUCUGUGGGCGGACCCGACCACGCAGCGGUGAAGGUGACGCAGCCAAAGAGGCAGCUGUCCACGCCCGUCUCUGACAGGGUGCAGAGGAAGCUGAAGUCCAGCCUGUCGGUGAACAGCGACAGCAGCCGGCGCAGCAAAGGCAGCUCCACAGGGUCGCAGAAACCGCCUCUGCCAGAGGACUGCUGCGUUCACUGCAUCUUGGCCUGCCUGUUCUGUGAGUUCCUCACUCUUUGCAACAUGGUGGUGGCCCAGGCCUCCUGCGGCGCGUGCACGUCAGAGGCCUGCUGCUGCUGCUGCUGCAACGACGACCUCGGGGACGACUGCAGCAGCCCCUGCGACAUGGACUGCGGCAUCAUGGACGCCUGCUGCGAGUCCUCCGACUGCCUGGAAAUCUGCAUGGAGUGCUGCGGCAUCUGCUUUCCCACAUAAAGGGGCUUCAAAGGAGCGGUCAGGGCCAACCCUGAAUGGGAAUCCAGAAUAGGGGCUGUUGCUGUCGUCACUCAAGAUUCAGCAGAAAAAAACGGAAGCUUACACGCGUGUUCAAGCGUGAGCGAUAGUUGGCGUGCGUGUGUGUAGCAAGAUUUUUGACACCGGGCUUUUCCGUCAAAACCAGCCCGGCGCAGACUAGAAGUAGUUCCAGAUUUCUGAACAUGAUAGUUCAAUCUUCAAUGUAUUGUAGUAUUCCAGAAAGUCUUCAGUUAUUUUCAAAAAGAGUGUCUAAAAAUGUCUCUUCGUUUCAUAUUUUGGGACCAACGUUUUUCACGAGUACUUAAGUCUUUCUUUAUGAAAUGUCAGAUUUUACCUACGUAUUUCAAUGCAUCUACUGCACUGUUAAAACUGGUGAAGCUCUACGAUCUGCUACCUUCAGACACUAAACACACAAGGUAUUUAUAGUCUUUCAUGAACUUUUUCUAUAACUGAAAUGUUUUUUGCUAAAGUUUCAUGGAAGCUUGUGAUAAAAGAAUUUAUCAAAAAAGUGCUGGAAUAUUUUCUAACCUUUUUUUGUAGGUUUUUUGAUAGUUUAACUGGAAAUGUUCGCAGAUAGAUAAUAUCAAUCUGAAAUAAUGCUCAACAUUGAAAAAAAUUUGGAUUUCGUCGGUCUGCCAUCAAUGGAUUGAUGAGCUGCACUACUUUAGUCAGGGUAAAGAUGGGAUUUAAAAAGUGGUGACCCGAGUUAGCACUUAAGCAGCUUUUGGGAAUCAACCCCAGUCACUUCUAGCACGAAAGAGGAAAUGAAUGCAGGGUAAACUUAGUUUCCUUCCCUAAUUCUGUGCAUCUCAAGACAAGUUUAUGGUGAAUCACGAGUGGAGUCAUUUUCUUGUCCCGGAUAAGCGCUUUGAUGGCAUUUAAGUGAUUACGGUCAAUGCCGGACCGCAUUAGCUCUGCUUGCAUAAUGGGGGCAAAAUAUGUCCCUUCAAGUACGGCUCAUCGUAUUGCAGCGUUCAUGGGAAGUUGGACUCCUUUUCAUGUUUAUGAUUCGCUCAAACCGUCAGUCAGUUCCAGCCAAAGGUGCGUCUAAAAGACACUACAAAUAAUGUGAAGAUUUUAACACAAAUGUCCCAUUUUCACAAACAAAACUGUUCUUCCUUCGUCUUGAUGCCUCUUUGCUUACCUUGAGUUAUUAGAUUUGCACAUGGUAUUAAAUCUUAACUGGAUUUGUUUUUUUUUUUAAAUAAAAUUAUACCAAAAUGAAAA